AUGAAGGUCGCUUGUGUCAUCACCACCCUCCUGAGCAGCUUCGCGCUCGCUCACCCCUCAAAGCCAAGGACCAACGAUGGUUAUCCUAAUCCCGCCAUGGAACAGCUGAAGGACAUCUCCCGACGAGCCGACAGCACCUUGUCCAGUGCACCUCCUCCUCCAAAGCUGGGCGAGAGCAGCAAGACUGCGUUCCAGGCUCUUGCCUUUGGUGAAGAGUUUGAGCAGGCGUACUUUUCGUCUCUGCUUCAGAACGUCACAGAUGGCGUGCCAGGCUAUAGGCAUCAUGGGCGGUUCACCAAGGCUGAGCUUGUCAAGGUGUUGGAGACUGUUGUCGCUCAAGGGGAGCUUCACGCCAUCAACGCGAUCAACGUCCUGAAGCACUUCAACGUUCCCGCGCCGAUGCCCUGCAAAUACCACUUUCCCAUGAACAACAUCGAAGACGCAUUUGCACUCGCCGAGAGCUUUACAAUGCUUGUUGUGGGAACUCUGCAAGACGAGGGUGAGCAGGGCGGCUUCUACCGUACUCUUCUUGGACGGGUUCCUUCUGAGAAGCCUUUCUUAACUACUUCUGUCGGGGCAUUUGCCUUCUCUUACAUCUACAAUACGUUUGUCGUUUCGGGAUCUUGCCCGUUCGACAUCUCAAUGAUCAACCUGCCCAUCUUUGCCAAGCUCGACGUCAAGGACGGCUCGAUGGGUCUUGAUGUGAAGCCUAAGGACCAGUACCUCACCUUCACCGCCGACAUUAGCACCGCGGGAGGUGCCGAAAAGUUCCUUGGCGGCAAUGGAAAGGGCCUGUACCUCACCUACUUCAGCGGCCAACUUCUACCUAUCAGCGAGCCCAUCACCAACGUCAAGUGGAACAAGGGCCGCAUCAACUUUGACGCCUUCUUCCCAUUUACGGAGAAUGUCAUGAAGGGUCUUUCUGUGGCGGCUUUGACCACCUCUAACAACUUUACUGCCCCGGGUAUGGUCCCUGGUGCCACGAUCGCUGCCCCAGCUGUUAUUCAGGUCAACGAGAAGCUGUGA